UUGAGUUUUUUGCGUUAACACAAGUUUAAGAUAUUUUUAGCACAUAUUGCGUUUCGGUUAGUUAAUUUUGCAGCCAGUAAAAAUGAAGUUAGACCUCACGAUGAACGAUCGCCACAACCUGCGGUUCCAGUCGGUAUAUAGUGGACUGGUGCCCCAGAUCGCCCGGCUGGUGCCCUUCAACGACUCGGAGGUCACCUGCAUCCUGCUGAUCUACUACAAGUACAGCCUCCAGAACGGGCCCUCCGCACGCCGGAUUACCUCAACCCAGUUGGUCAACAUCGUAAUUGGGUUCCAGCAGCUCUACGACAUGGAUGUGGUGGAUCGCAUCGUGACCCUGAUCGCGGGGGGCAGGAAGCACGUGACGCCCUUGGAGUUCGUCCACUACAUGACCAUCCUUAUGAGCCGGGACAUGGAGCGCAAGAUGGAGUUUGCAUACAUGGUGUACGAUAAAAAUGGAAUGGGCAUCAAUCGAGAGAUAAUUUCAUCUUCGGUCGAGAGAUUUUUCCCAGGGGACGAUGACGAGGUACUCGAGAUGCGACUGGACAUGGUCGAGUUUUUACUCCUCAAAUUUGAUGAAGACCAGGAUGGCAUUGUCUCAUUUGAGGAGUACAGAUCGAUCGUGUUGCAACAGCCGAGCCUGCUCGAGUUCCUGGGUCCCAUCUUUCCCUCGAACGAGACGCGUCUGGUGGUCGCCUACUGCACGGCCAUAUACUCUCACAUCCCCGAAAUGGGCACGAUAUAGGAGUAUAGGGUGUGUGGCAGUUUGCCAGGACUCCCCCAGUCGCAUAAAUCUUUCAGGCACAAAU